AUGAGAAGCAAGGGUUUCUCGUCCGCCGUCCUCUCCCAUCUUGACCAGUCCUACCCGUACAAUCUCGGCUCCUUUCACCGCCCCGUGAGUACGACAAGCACAGAUGCCCAAAUCUGGUUCAACCGCGGCUUGACCUGGGCGUAUGCCUUCAACCACGGGGAGUCGGCGAGAUGUUUCCAAAAGGCCAUUGACCAUGACCCCUUCUGCGCCAUGGCUUACUGGGGGCUCGCGUUCGUGCUGGGGCCCAACUACAACAAGCCGUGGAAAGUCUUUGACGGGCAAGACCUAGCAGAGACCACCAAGCGCGCUCAUCGCACCAUCUUGCAGGCACAGGGCCACCUCGCCAAGGCGAUGCCCGUCGAGGUGGCCCUCAUCAACGCCCUCGCGUGCCGGUACCCGCAAGAGACGCCCGCGGGCGACUGUUCGCAAUGGAACGAGGACUACGCCCGGGCCAUGGAUACGGUGCUGCAGGCCCAUCCCAACGACCUUGAUGUGGUUGCCCUCUGGACCGAUGCCACGAUGAAUGUCACGCCCUGGAAGCUGUGGAACUACAGGACGGGGAAGCCCAUCCCUGGUGCCAGGACGCUGGAGAUCAAAGACGUGAUGGACCGGACUUUCAGAGUGAAGGGCUCUCUGCAGCACCCGGGCCUCCUUCACUUGUACAUCCACCUCAUGGAGAUGUCGCCCACUCCGGAGGCCGCUCUCACGAUAGCCGACAACCUGCGCGGGCUCGUGCCGGACGCGGGCCAUCUGGAGCACAUGCCCACCCAUCUCGACAUCAUAUGCGGCGAAUACCGCCGGGCCAUAGCCUCCAACUCUGACGCCAUCCGUGCUGACUCUAAAUUCCUUGCCCGGGAAGGCCCACUGAACUUCUAUACCCUGUAUCGUUCCCAUGACUUCCAUUUCAGGCUGUAUGCCUCCAUGCUGUGCGGCCAGUCCAAAGUAGCACUCGAAACGGUGGGGGAGCUCGAAUCGACCAUAUCGGAAGAUCUCCUGCGGGUCAAGUCGCCGCCCAUGGCGGACUGGCUGGAGGGCUUCCUCGGCAUGCGGAUGCACGCGCUAAUCCGCUUCGGUCGCUGGGACGACAUACACGCCCUCGAGCUUCCUCGGGACUCUCAGCUCUACUGCUCGACAACGGCCAUGACGCACUACGCCAAGGGGGUCGCCUUCGCCGUUCAAGGCAGGGUGGAGGAGGCGGAGAAGCAGCGGGUCCUGUUCGCCAGGGCCGCGGAGCGGGUGCCCCCGUCUCGCGCCGUCUUCAACAACACGUGCCAGGAGAUCCUCUCGAUCGCGGAGGCGAUGCUGGACGGCGAGCUGGCCUACCGGAAGGGCGAGUACGAGACCGCCUUCGGGCACCUGCGCAAGGCCGUGGAGAGGGACGACGCCCUGCCCUACGACGAGCCGUGGGGCUGGAUGCAGCCGGCGCGGCACGCCCUCGGCGCGCUGCUCCUGGAGCAGGGCCGCGUGGCGGAGGCGGCGGGCGUCUACAGCGCGGACCUCGGCAUCGACGAGACGCUGCCCCGGGCCCUGCGGCACCCCAACAACGUCUGGGGCCUGCACGGGUUCUACGAGUGUCUGGUGAAGCUCGGGCGCCACGACGAGGCCAGGAUCCUCAAGCCGCAGCUGAAUCUGGCGUUGGCCGUGGCCGACGUCCCCAUCAAGUCGUCGUGCUUCUGUCGUUUAAAAACGGUCGAUUGA